UUGCGAGUCUUCCAGAGCCACCAGAGUAUGUAGGUAGAGAGCUGAAUCCUUGCCUCUGAUGUCUCUGACUUGUCCAACUGGCAAACGGACCACCACCAGUCAUGGAAGCUUGCAUGUUCUUGAGGUCCUUCCCACUGUACAGGGGAGUGCUUCCAUACCAGCUUGGCUAGUGAACAAUGAAAAAAUAAAUGUUCUAUAGAUUCUACUUCAUCACCACACAUAUUGCAGAUACUGUCCACUGCAACACCUCUAGCCAGCAAGUUCUUAUUUACAGGUAAUGUGCCAUUACAGCAUUUCCAGAUAAAGUGUUUUAGUUUGCCCAUUACCUGCAUUUUCCAUGUUCUGUUCCUGACUUGAAAGGCCCUGGCCAAGUCCACACUCCCUUGAGCUGAUUCUGACUUGAGGUAUUUUUCAGUUAUAAGAUGAGCAUAUGUGGAUUUUACUUAGAAUAUCCCUUUACUGUGAAGCUUCCAUGUCCAUCUAUCAGGUUGGGUGGGAUUGAGUGUCUUGAUAGUAUGGAUCAGAUCACAAAUAUGAGGAGGAAAUGUGCUUCUUAACUUCCUGGCAUCCCAAUUCCACCCAUCUGUGGUCAUUAGAUCUUUUACCCAUAUAUAGUUCCUGUCAAUGCCCGGCAACAGUUCAAAUUGUUGGCCUGUGAGUGUAGGUAGCCAAUGUUGAUCCCAAAUUUUGAUGCUAGUGCCACUUCUGAUCUCUACCUGCAUCUAUUUGGCACAAAUCUGCAAAAUCGAGUGCCAACUUCUCCAAAGCCAGGAUGAGCUGUGGGUAAUGUGAGCUUAAAAAAUGGAGGAAUUGAGAUAAUAUUUAGAUUUGAGUACCCUGCUCACCAGUGUAUCAGGCUCUGAGACCAGCCUCCAAAUUUGUUUGACAAUAAGGGCUAUGUUGAAAAGUUGUAUGUCCUGGAAACCGAGACCUCCAUGCUUUUUGGCUAAAGUCAGUUUGCUCCAGGCCAGCCAGUGGAUUCCUUUGUGUAAUUAAUUAUUGACUUGAGUAUGACUAAAUAAAUAUCCCCAACUCCGAUAUUCAAAGAUCUCAAAUUCCAAUUCUAACCCUUCUCCGGCGAAUCUCUUUUAAUUCACUGUAACUUGCUAGGGUUGCGACUUGUGAAAGACCCUCCUUUCUCACGCAGAGUCACAUUACAAAGCUCAUCUUUUUAUUUUCUCUAAUAUUUACACUUGCUAGAAGGGACACGAUAUUGCAGAGGGGGAAACAUGGUGGGGAAGAGCGAGGCUACUUCUGGCGGCGAUAAGCCUUUAGAUUUGUUUCUAAGGAUCGGUUUGGAUGAGAGGACCGCCAAAAACACCGUAGCUAACAAUAAGGUCACGGCUAAUCUCACUGCCGUUAUUCACGAGGCUGCCGUGACGGACGGCUGUGAUCGUACGGUCGGGAAUCUCUUGUACACUGUUGCUACGAAAUUCCCAGCCAAUGCGCUCGUGCAUCGUCCUGCAUUGCUUAAAUAUAUUGUUUCAUCAAAGAUUAAAACUCCUGCUCAGUUGGAAGCUGCCUUUUCAUUUCUUGCUGCUACGGCUUCGGAUGAUUUUGAGGUCAAUGAUUUUGAAGCCACCUGUGGUGUUGGAGUUGAGGUUACUAUAGAAGAUAUUGAACAUGCUGUCAAUGAAAUUUUUGAAGAGAAUAAAGCUGUUAUUGUGGAGCAGCGGUAUCGAACAAAUGUUGGUGAACUUUUUGGUCAUGUAAGAAAGAAACAGCCAUGGGCUGACCCAAAGAUUGUAAAGCAAAUCAUUGAUAGCAAAUUGUAUGCUCUGCUCGGUGAGAAGACGGCUGCAGACAAUGAAAAACCUGCAAAAAAGAAGAAAGAGAAGCCUGUCAAAACCGAGGAGAAAGCAGUUGUUGAAGAGGCAGUUCCAGCUAAACCAUCUGAAGAAGAAAUCAAUCCUUUUUCAAUAUUCCCUUCACCUGAUCAGAAUUUCAAGGUGCAUACUGAAAUCUUUUUCAGCGAUCGUCCAGUGCUCAGGGCUUGCAAUACUAAGGAAAUACUUGAGAAACAUUUGAAGAUCACUGGUGGGAAGGUUUAUACGCGCUUUCCGCCUGAACCUAAUGGAUAUCUUCAUAUAGGUCAUGCCAAGGCGAUGUUUGUGGACUUUGGACUAGCAAAAGAGCGAGGUGGAUGCUGCUACCUAAGGUAUGAUGAUACGAAUCCAGAAGCUGAGAAGAAGGAAUAUAUCGAUCAUAUCGAAGAAAUAGUUGGAUGGAUGGGCUGGGAACCAUUUAAGAUUACCUACUCAAGUGAUUAUUUCCAAGAACUCUAUGAAUUAGCAGUGGAAUUGAUUCGCCGAGGUCAUGCUUACGUUGAUCACCAGACACCUGAUGAGAUUAAAGAAUAUAGGGAGAAGAAGAUGAACAGUCCCUGGAGAGAUAGGCCGAUCGAGGAAUCUCUAAAAUUAUUCGAUGACAUGAAAAAGGGACUGAUUGAGGAAGGAAAAGCCACUUUGAGAAUGAAGCAGGACAUGAAGAGCGACAACUUCAAUAUGUAUGAUUUAAUUGCUUAUCGUAUCAAGUUCACUACUCAUCCACAUGCUGGAGACAAAUGGUGUAUCUAUCCAAGUUACGAUUUCACUCACUGCAUUGUUGAUUCUCUGGAAAACAUAACUCAUUCGCUCUGCACGCUUGAAUUCGAGACACGACGUGCAUCAUACUACUGGUUGUUGGACGCACUUGACCUUUACCAGCCUUACGUGUGGGAAUAUUCGCGAUUAAACAUCAGCAACACAGUGAUGUCAAAGCGUAAGUUAAACCGCCUCGUAACAGAAAAGUGGGUCGAUGGUUGGGAUGAUCCUCGCCUCAUGACUCUUGCUGGAUUGAGACGUAGAGGUGUCACUGCUAGUGCCAUAAACUCCUUCGUCCGCGGAAUUGGAAUAACUAGAAGUGACUCCAGCCUGAUACGUCUAAAUCGCCUGGAGUACCAUAUCAGGGAGGAACUGAACAAAACUGCAUCUCGGACAAUGGUUGUGCUAGAUCCAAUAAAGGUUGUAAUUACAAAUAUGGAGGAAUCUGUAAUGGACCUUGAUGCAAAGAAAUGGCCUGAUGCUCCAGCUGAUGAUGCGUCUUCAUUUUAUAAGGUUCCCUUCUCUAAGGUUGUGUACAUCGAAAAAUCUGAUUUUCGGAUGAAAGAUUCUAAAGAUUACUAUGGACUUGCUCCCGGGAAAUCUGUCCUCCUCAGGUAUGCAUUUCCCAUCAAGUGCACAGAAGUGAUUUUAGGUGAUGAUAACGAGACUGUUGUCGAGAUUCACGCAGAGUAUGAUCCAUCAAAGACGACCAAACCAAAGGGGGUUCUUCACUGGGUUUCAGAGUCUUCACCUGGGAUUCAACCACUUAAGAAUCCUGCAGAACUGGAAGACAAGUGGCUUGAUGAUUUGAACCCAAACUCCAAAGUUGUUAUAUCAGAUGCCUAUGCUGUUCCUUUUCUCAAGGAUGCUGCAGUUGGAGACACCUUUCAGUUUGAAAGAUUAGGCUACUUUGUGGUUGAUAAAGACUCGAUACCCGGAAAGCUAGUGUUCAACCGCACGGUUACAUUGAGAGAUAGCUAUUCUAAGGGAGGGAAGUGAACUGGGAAACCUAUGGAUGUAUUAUGUACCCACCUAAUACAUCCUCUAAUGGAGGAUCAUUGUGAAGCAUUUUAAUUAAUAUUUUUUCAAAAAAUAAUUAAACUAAUAUCUUAAAUUUAGACCUGUACUUUUAUUUCCUUACUCUGUGAAAUUUAGCGGAAAGAAUUAUUAAAUAUAGUUACACUUCAGUCGUAGCCAUAAUAUUUUCUCCAAAC